GCAGGCGGCAGGACAGUCAGGAGCAUCGACUUCUCUCAACAGAAGACCGUCCAGGGCGGAUUUUCCUUCUGAUCUAGGCGAUAAAAUGUGGUGAUGGGGGCGGCUCCGGCAGUCUGUUUGGUCUUUCUGUGUGGAGUGUUUGUCUCUGCUCUCGGAGACCAACACUCUCUGUACUACAUUUACACCGCUCUCUCCAAAGAUGUCGCUCUACCAGGGAUCUAUGAGUUCACAGCACUGGGUCUGCUCGAUGACCGGGAGAUCGACUACUACAACAGUAAGGAACAGGUUAAGAUUCCUAAGCAGGACUGGAUGAAGGAGAAGCUGCAGCCAGAUUACUGGGACAAAGGCACCCAGUCUCGCAAGAGCAAAGAGCAGUGGUUCAAGGUCAACGUGGAGAUCCUGAUGGACCGAAUGAAACACAAUCAGACCGACCUUCACGUUCUUCAGUGGAGACAUGGCUGUGAGAUUGAUGAGUCAAAUGGACAGGUAACAUUUCUAAAAGGCAUUGAUGAGUACAGCUACGAUGGGUCAGAGUUCCUCUCUUUUGAUGAUGACAACAUGCGGUGGAUCGCUCCAGUUCCAGAAGCUGAGCCAACCAAAAGGAAAUGGGAUGAUGUGGCCAUCCUGAACCAGUACACCAAGGGUUACCUGGAGAAAGAAUGUGUGGACUGGCUCACCAAAUUCAUGGAGUACGGAAAAGAAUCACUGAGAAAACACUCUCCACCAGAUGUUCAUAUGUUUGCGAAGAAAUGCACAACUGACUCGACCAAGCUGACCCUGACCUGCCUGGCCACGGGCUUCUACCCCAAAGACGUGAUGGUGAGUCUGAGGAAGUUCAGAACUUCACUGCCUGAACAUCUACUAACAUCUUCAGGAAUCAGACCCAAUGAAGACGGAACCUACCAGCUGAGGAAGAGUAUGGAGAUCCAAGAGGAUGAAAAAGCAGAUUACGACUGUUUUGUGAAUCACAUCACCCUCAACAAACCAGUAAUUAAACAAUGGGAUGGAAAGUGCUAUGACUGUACAACGGGGAACAUUGUGAGUUUCAUUCUUGGAGCUCUACUUGCAGGGCUUGUGGCGGUCCUGGUCGCUGUCAUCGUUGUUCUUAAAAAGAGAGGAAAAAUCUGUGAGAAAAGUAAGAGUGGGGCGUAUAUUCAAGCUUCUACAGAUAAUGGAGAUGUUAAAAAGGUUCCGAUUGACAUCAGUGGGGAUAGCAUGUUCAUUAUAAGCAAAUAAACAUAGAAGUAUUACAAUAGAAAGGCCAGGAAACAUACGUUAAAAUGGGAGGAAAUUCUGAUGCAUUCAUUUAAAUUCAAUUUAGAUCAAAUCCCAGUCAGAAUUGGUUUUUAUUGUGGUCAGCUGGAUAUUCCAUACUUUCUUGCAAUCCUUGAUACUAAAUAUAGGUCAGAAUGUUUCAGUGUUUUCAGUGAUUGGGGUCAUGUGUGUUGUGUAGCUUCAUAUUUAAUAUAUAUUGGACAAGAGUACUCAACCUUGCACUACUAAACUAUGAAUGAUAUACACAACAGCAACUAGGCACUAUAAGUAUUUUAAGCAGAACCUCUGGUCAAGGUGUGAAAGAGUGGCAGUAACCAGACAUGUUGACUAGCAAUGUGUUCAUUUUAAGCAUAAAAGCCUGAGUGUAUCACAAAAGACAAAUCAGGAAACAUGAGUUAAAAUGAAAUGCGUUCAUUUUAAUUUAGCUUGUUAGAUUCCUUCAAAGUCCUUGUUUUUAUGGUGGUCAGCUGGAUAUUUCCUACUUUUUGCCUUCCUGGAUACUAAAUUUUAGGUCAGAAUGUUUUAUUGUUUUCAGUGAUUGUGGUCGUGCAUGUGUUGUGUACCUUCAUAUUUAAUAUGCAGUUCAUUAGCAUGACUCAUAUAUUGCAGUACUCAACUGUGUACUUAUUUGUAGCUGUUUGUAUUGGUUUAAUAGAGUCCGAAUAUGUGAAGUGAUUUUUUUAAUCUACUUAUGCUUUUAUUCAUUUUUACUUGUGUAGAAUUUCUAGAUUCUAGAUAAGCUAAUUUCUAGAUAAGCUAAUUUCAGUAAAGCUAAAUUAACUUGAAUUGUCUUUCAAAUAUUGAUGGUGGGAGUAUUUUUUACGUGUAACUGUGAAGGAAAAUGGUAGUUUUUUUCUGAUAUGGGUUUUCAUCAGUGCUGACAUAAAUCUUUUUCUAUGCCAAAUGAGAUACGGCAGCGUUCAUACUACAUUUGGGACAUAGAGAACAAAUAAGAUACAACACUACAGAUAAUAAAAUAAAGGAGAAACAUGCAAUAAAAAAAUCCAGAAUGCUUGCAAGAAGCAUAGCUGAAAGAUGUGCAGUGUUAAGAAAGUAAAUAUUGUAUUUACUAAAAAUACUAAAGUAUUACUGUCAUGUGAUAUGAUAUUUAGCUAAAUUAUUGCAUUUAUGGAAAAAAAAAAAUAUAUAUAUAUAUAUAUAUAUAUAUAUAUAUUUUUUUUCCACAUUUAUUUAAGUUUAAAUAAAUAAUAUCAAGUAAAGCCAGUUCCACUACAUUAGCAAAGAAACAUUAGAAAGUUUAAAUAUCAGACUUACCAUUAAAUAAUUCAGUACAAAAUUAUAUUUGCAGGUCUUUGACACCUGAAAGUUCACAUUAGUAUAUUUCACAAUUAUGAAGAACGUGUAGUGGUGUGUACUGGAUGACUAAGUGCCAUUCUACCAAUUCAUUUGCCUGUGAAAUGACAUUUCCUCACUAAUCCAUCUGUUUUGCAGUGACAGUGCAGGUGAUUUUGUGCCUGGUUUGUUGAUUAUGAUAUUUAAAAAUGAUUAGACUGUGUUGUUUGUUGGACUGCUCCUUCAGUGUGGGCUUUCCUAAGUGAGUGUGUAUCAGUGCAGUGUAUGACCACACUGCACUGAUACACACUCACUUAGGAAAGCCCACACUGAAGGAAUGAGGAAGAGGAUGAGCAGACAGUAAGUUGUAGAUUGCAAAUUGAUAUGAUAGCAUUGUGCAGUGAAGAAGUUUGCUGUGUUGAGCUUUUGAAAGUACUUGACGUGUGUAGCACUUAUGUUGUCACUAUUUUUUUGAAUAAAGCUUUUCUUU